GAGAGCGAGGCGGGGAGCGGGGCGCCCCUUCCGAGGCCGGAGGGGGCUGGGCCAGGGCGGCCUGGCUGGGUGGGGCGGUCGCGCGUUCUCCGCGUCUCGACACUCGCAGUGGGGGCUCUUAGACCCGGACCCCGGUGUGCAGGUGAGGGGCAGGCCCGAGGGGCCGGAUGCCCACCCGAAGGCCUGGCCGACCUCUCGCCCCCCAUGUCGCCACCGGCCGCCGGCGCUCUAGGACUCUGCACCGCCUGCCUGGCCGCCGCAGGGUGCAGCCUUAGAGUUGAGUGAAUCUUCAGAAUUUUCCUUCCUAAUGGGAGGCUAGUUGGUGGGUCUCCUUUGGUCUUUUAAAAUACACUGGUUUGACGUCAAAUGCAGAAAUGAGGCCGUCUUGAUUUCCUGGCGACAUGGCGUAUACUCCAAGGCCAUCAAGCUGAAGAAAUGAAGGUCCCGAUUUGAUCCAGUAUACUUAAAGAAGAGUUCAAAUGUAUAGCUGCCGUCCUUUCCUUAGCUAUCAGAGGAAGGAGUCAUUCCAAAAUCAGACAUAUGGAAGCACAGGUUCAUAGACUCAGCCUCUGAAAGUAAUAAUGCCGUCAGCAUGUCUGCACACUCCAUGCUCUGUGAACGAAUUGCUAUAGCCAAGGAACUGAUCAAGAGAGCAGAAUCACUUUCUAGAUCAAGAAAAGGUGGCAUUGAAGGUGGUGCAAAGCUGUGCAGCAAACUGAAGGCAGAAUUAAAGUUCUUACAGAAAGUAGAAGCUGGGAAAGUAGCUAUUAAAGAAUCCCAUUUACAGAGCACUAAUUUAACACACCUGCGAGCCAUUGUGGAAUCAGCAGAAAACCUGGAAGAAGUUGUUAGUGUUCUUCAUGUCUUUGCUUACACAGAUACCUUGGGAGAGAAGCAGACCCUUGUAGUGGACGUGGUUGCAAAUGGUGGUCAUACUUGGGUGAAAGCCAUUGGCCGAAAAGCUGAAGCUCUGCAUAACAUCUGGCUGGGCAGGGGUCAGUAUGGUGACAAAAGCAUCAUUGAGCAGGCUGAAGACUUCCUCCAGGCGAGUCACCAGCAGCCAGUGCAGUAUAGCAACCCUCACAUCAUCUUUGCAUUUUACAACAGUGUCUCCAGCCCCAUGGCCGAGAAGCUGAAAGAAAUGGGCAUAUCUGUGAGAGGAGACAUAGUAGCAGUCAACUCUCUGUUAGAUCACCCCGAAGAGCUCCAGCUCAGUGAGAGUGAAUCAGAUGAAGAGGGCCCUCAGCUUCUGCCAGUGACCAGAGUAGACCGAGAAAAUAUACUGGCGAGUGUUGCGUUUCCAACAGAGAUUAAGGUUGAUGUGUGCAGAAGAGUAAAUCUGGACAUUACUACUUUAAUCACGUAUGUGUCUGCCCUUAGCUAUGGAGGCUGCCACUUUAUUUUCAAAGAAAAAGUACUCACAGAACAAGCAGAGCAGGAGAGGAAGGAGCAGGUUCUACCUCAGCUGGAGGCGUUUAUGAAGGACAAGGAGUUGUUUGCUUGUGAAUCUGCUGUCAAAGAUUUUCAGUCCAUUCUAGAUACUUUAGGAGGACCUGGGGAGAGAGAGAGGGCAGCUCUGCUAAUUAAGCAAAUUAAUGUGGUUCCAGACCAGCCUUCUGAGCGUGCCUUGAGACUAGUGGCCAGUUCGAAAAUUAAUAGCCGCUCAUUAACGAUCUUUGGGACAGGAGACACCCUGAAAGCCAUCACGAUGACCGCCAAUAGUGGUUUUGUCAGAGCUGCAAACAAUCAGGGUGUUAAAUUUAGUGUGUUUAUCCAUCAGCCCAGAGCACUUACUGAGGGCAAAGAGGCCCUAGCCACCCCCUUACCAAAAGACAACACUGCUGGCAGCGAGCACUAAUGAUCCUUUAAAUUUUGUCAUGGGAAUAAGUUAUUUAUACCAAAGGCUGGGGCUUCCUAUCUGAACUGGUGAAAAAAGAAGGUCUAUUAGUAAAAUCAAUACUUAAACCAGUAGAGUUUGUUUUGUGUCUCAUCUAUAUUUAAAGUAUGUAACUGCCAAAAGUAGAAAAAGCACAGGAGACAACCUUAUGUAUCAAACUGUUUGUGUUAGAGCAAUUAAGAACAGAAAAACAUCUAUAUAAGGCUUUUAGCUCUAUUGUAACACUGUUGUUUGAUUCUGUAUGGCUUCAGUGCCCCUACUGGUAAUCAGAUUUCAUGGAAUACGGCUAUACUGCAUCUUGCAUUAAAUAUUUGGAGAAAACUCUGAAGGCUGUAUUUCAUUGUAUUGGUUUAUGUGAUUUAGGCUGACAGGUAAAGGUUUAUAACUAGUUUUAUAUUCUCAACCGCCAUUUAUGAAAAGAAAUAAUUGAUACAGUGAGGAGCAGUUUGGUAGAUAUUUAUAAAGAGUAUAUAAUGCAGAAAAAAUGAAAAUAAAGUGAAUUCUGAAACUAUUGAUACAUCUUUGUGAAAAGAAACCAAACUUACUAUAAGAUAAAUUCAGAAUGAGUUGACAAUGAAUUAUAUAAAACAUUUUUAAAAAAUUCUGAUUCUUUUAAGUACGGACAGUCUCCAUAUUGCAAGUUCUUGUCUUUAAUGUUCCAUUUGCAAGUGGCAAGUGAAAACUUACCUGUCAAUGUUGACGGGAGAUUCCAUGCCAGUUGCAUUAUGCAAAUUGUAAUUAAAAAUCCAUUUCUAUGGCCACAUUGCACUAAGAGCUAUAUUUUGUCAGUUUUCAAUAAAGCAAAACAAAUCAGCUAA